CCGACCUCUGAAGAUCUAUGUUUGUCAAAAGCAAUUAUACAUACAAUGGUGCAAAGAAAGUUUGCGGGAGUGCCAUGGCAGGGCCCUCUACCUGAACCACGUGUCUCUCCACCGAGGACAUUGGGUGAUGCCCUAGCCAAAGCUACUCACCGGAAGUCAAGCUCUCGCCUAGGCUCGUCGGUUUCGUCAGGAUCGUUAUCGCCGGCGUACCGUUCUCAGGCGAAAAAGAGGGAAUUUCAAAAAAAACUGAAAAGCCAAGAUUACAGGAGGUUGAUCCGGACUUUCCUCCACUUACCAUCUUGACACCGUCGGCCAUAUCUGCGACGGGCGUGGGUGGUGUGGACAAAACGGAUCUAAUCUGGUACCCAGGCACGUUGGACCGGAUCAAACUUGGCUCGGGAAGGAUGUUUAGGCCCACCAAGGGUUUAUGCUCUUUGUUCCGUUGUACGGGUACCAGGGUCCUACCACGCAAACCACAGCAGCCGCCUCCUGUGCCUUCGACACAACGACGCUCCUUUGUGGAAGUCGUCCGUGAGGGAUCCAUGGAGGCGCAGGGGUUCGGCAAGGGGGAUUUUGGUGAGCAUGGUGGAGGUCGUGGAAGGGGUGGUUUCAAUCCUGGUUUCCAACCGGGUUUUGGUGGAGGGGGUCGUAACCAUGGCUAUCACUCACGUGGGCGUGGAAAUUAUGGAGGCGGCAGAGGAGGAUAUCCAGGCUACGGUGGUUUUGGUGGAUAUCAAAGCGCUGGCUAUCUUGGCCACCAUGGUGCCGGACGGGGCCGUCGGCCCCAUGGGGGCGGCCUUGGUGGGCGCUUUGGAGGUGGUCGUGGCCGGGGCAACAUGUACUUUGGAGGACACCGUCAUCAUCUGCAUAUGAUGCCACCAAACCAAGAGGCUAGCCAACGCACUGGAGCAGGCCACAAUCAACUACAGCUGCAACAGAACACCGUGGUGAUGGCCACGGGAUACCAGCUCAUGGGCGGACUUCCGCAGCAACACGCAGCAGGUGAUGAUAAGUCACAGCCGCUGCAUCGUCCCCAGGUGACAUCAACUCAAGAGAAGCGUCAAGAGGAGCAUCAGAAGGUGGAUGGGGUGGCGACGGAUAGCUGCCCAAAUUCAGUCCAACAGAGAGAAGGCAAGAAGGUUAUUCCUGAGGUAUCUAAAAACACAGUCCCACCAAAUGUACCAAUGAAUAUUGAUGUUCCAGAGUCAUCCAAGGGAGUUAAAAAAAACAAGGGCAAGCCUUACUGUUACCGUUGCCUCACAAAAGGUCAUACUUUGCAUGACUGUCUUACAAUGUUGUGCUGUGAUAUAUGUUGUGAUGACCAUGUAGUCAAAAACUGCCCAAAUAUGAAAAAGACAACUACUUCUGCUCUACCUUUUGGUUAUGCAGUCGAGGGUCUUGGCUUCUAUUUUAUCCCUGCCGUGAAUGAAAAUCCCAAAGAAAAAGUGGAAGAAAAAUUGGGAGUGGUGCGUGUUUUGGAAGGAUCUAUCACUGCUGACUUGUUAGCAGUGGAGCUCGAAAAACUACUACCAGAAAAAUUAUUGCCAGGGAAACAUAAAUGGGAAAUUGAAGAGAAGGGAGUAGAUGCCUUCACAACUAAUUUCCCAUCAGCGGAUUGGCUAGACACCGUGGUAAACUGGGGACCUAUGAACACAAAAACUUUAGAAGGAAAAAUACAAUUCGAGAAGAAUAAAGAGGAAGAUGUCUGUAGGUAUGAGAUUGAGAAGGUGUGGGUACAGUUCAAGGGACUGCCUAUGGAAUUUAGAGAAUUCCCCAUCAUUUGGGCAAUCGCCUCUAUUCUAGGUGUGCCUAGAUCUGUUGACAUCAAGUUCACUAAGGCUUUUGGAAGAGCAAGAUUGAAGGUAGCAGUGCUUGACUCCAGUCUCAUCCCAGACUUAGUAGAUGUUGUAAUUGGAGACUAUGUCUACCAGCUACACUUCGGUGUUGAGCAGGGGAUGUCUGAUGGUGAGCCAGUUUUGCUUGAUCUGGACUCUACCUACGAGGAUGACGAUCCCAGGGGAGGGGACACCGAAACUAAGCAUGCAGAUCUUAGUGGCAAACCCAAAGAAAAUUUGAAUGGGGAUAAACCUAUGGACAUUGAUGGUAAGAGGGAGGAACAACCUCGCAGCACUGGGAAGCAGUCGCCUAGUGCUCAGCAAGGAAAUGCUUCAGAUGGUUUUAUGGCAAAUAAAAAUGUUAAAUUAAAUGCAAGUGCACAUCCAACAGUUGUGAUGACUCCAGAUAAUAAGGGGCAGUGGCAGGCCAAUUUGUUAAACCCAGUUAAUGACUCUGUGAAGAUUUAUAAAUUAAAAGGACAGAAGGGUGGGACUGUGUCGCCAGGGAGAUCAAGUAAGAGGUCGGCUGAUACUGCGGACCAGGACUCGCUGGAGAAGGCAGCAAGAUUAAAAGCUCGCCAGAACUUGGAACACUUUUCAGGAAAAGGUACUCUUCAGGGGAACGUAUUGGCUCCGACAGUGGGCAAGUCUGUAGCGGCAUGGUCCAAGUUGGCAGCUUUGCAUUUUUUUUAGUUCCAAUGGGUGGUUGUCCUCAAGAUAUAUUGGUCAUGUUUAGCUUAAACCUUAUUUCCUUUUGGUUUUACGAUAGUGGACUGCAUGAGUAUUUGUGUUCACUAGCGGAACUAUGUAAUAAUUGGCCGGGUAUACAAUAUCCAUUAUCUAAAAAAAAA